GAAUUAUUUAGUAACGAAAUCUUGAAUGAAAUUAUAAUUAGGUAGAAAAUUUACAAAUUAUCAUGACCACGAGGACGAAUACUAUUCAACAUAAUGCCAAUGGCCAAAAGAAAUCACUCAAAGAUAUUUGCAAUAGAGCUUGGACAGCAAAAUCGGAAUGGCUUGAUAAGGAAGAAUUUUUGGAUGUCAUUUACUGGUCCAGACAAAUAUUCGGCAUUUUACUUGGCGUAAUCUGGGGAUUCUUGCCGUUAAAAGGAUUUUUGGGUAUAGUGCUUUUUGCUGCCAUUAGUUGCGGUGUCGUUUAUUUGUACGCAAUUAACUUCCAAAAUAUUGAUGAAGAAUUAUACGGAGGUGCUUGGGAAUUAGUUAAGGAAGGUUUCAUGACUUCAUUUGCUGGUUUUUUGGUUACCUGGAUAAUUUUUUAUACUGGUUUGCAUUAUGAUGCUAUUAUGGAAUCGAAAGGCAUAUAUAGUUUAACCCUAGAAGUUUAAGUAGAUUGAUAAAUCAAUUUAUGGUCCAUUAUUGUUAUAUACGAAAACCGAGAAAAAGUGCACGACAUUAUUAUUUGCCAAAUAUUUAAUUCCAUGCCCU